AUUACAUUAGCAACGUAUGUGAGGAGGAACUGUUGUAGCUCGGUUUUACGUUUGAUUACAGCGAAGUAUAUUAUGUACAUCGGCAGGAUCUAGUACAAUGUUAGUAAACUGUUUUAGCUAAGCAGCCUGUGUAAACCGGAGAGGAAUACACAGUCUGGCCCUAUCAAACAGUUUGUAGUGGCGCUUAAAAAACACAGGACAGAGGUGUUGCUCCGGAGAUAAGUGUUUUUGGACUUAACAUUCAUAAAUAUGAUGGAGGAUUUCUCUGGUUUGGCUCUGCCUCCUCUGUUUGGAGGACACAUCCUGGAGGCAGAGCUGGAGCCUGGUGGUGUGGAGCUGGGACCAGGAGAGGUGGAGCUUGGCCCAGGAGGCAAUGAGCUGCUGGAGAAUACUGCGUACGAGGAUGAAGAGAGAAGAGCUCUUGAUAAGAGGAAAUAUCUGGCUCUGAGCAGGAGAUGUAAAGAAAUUGAACAGGUGAAUCAGAAGAUUCUUGGUCGCCUUCACCAAGUACAAAGAAUUACACGACGCUUGAAAAAAGAGAGGCGGUUUCUCAUGAAGACUUUAGAUGCUCAUGGGGAUGACUACAGAAACGCCCAGCUCACCAUACUUCUAGAGGAUGAGGCUGGAGCCCCUUUAGAUCCUGCUGCUGGAGCGGAUGAUGACCGCCUCAACGGUGUGUCUGGUUCUGCUUCGUCUGCAGCUUUGCAUCACACUGCUGGACCAAAGAAGAGGAGGCACCGAAUUCCACGGCAAGAAAAGGAUAAAGACCAACCGACUGAACCAGACAUUUCAGUGUUGGCAGAGACGCAGUUUGGAGAAGUGCCCAGCCCAACCUCUCUGUCUCAUUGAUCAUUACACUGCCUUGGAUAUGAUGAUAAUGAAGGAGCCCCCAGUUACUUCAGCUGUUCAGCAGAUCCACUGCCUUUGUUCAGCCAGGUUUUGCACUGUUUGUAGUUUCACUUGAAUGCUGUGAACAGAUUGAAUUCUUGUGAGGAAACAUGAAAUCAAAGUCAUUUACCUGGUACAUAUAUACAUUUGUUUUGUAUAUAUAAUUUAAUUUUGUCAUAUUUUGUAGUAAGAGUUGAUGUUAGCACAUAAUCAUUGCAAACAGUGCACACUGUCAUGGACAGCCAUGUUUGGGAAAUAUCUGGCAACCCAGAUACAAUCAUCAGCAGACUUGUUUAUUAAUGGCUUUCACAAUACAUUUCUGGAUACUAUCAGUAAUCUCAUGGUUCAUUGUUUUAUAUCAGCAAGCAGACCCAUAAUAAAUAUGAAAGUAUUAUGGACUGCCAUUUAUGACUUUUUUUAUUUUAUUUUUGGAGUUACUUGAACUCAUGUUUUUAACUUUAAAAGGUUGUUCACAUCUACACCAAUAACGUAAACUUUAACAAGUGAUGCAAAACUCAGUGUGUGUUUUAUUGUGUUUUUAUACAGUUGUGAACAUUUUUUUCAG